UCGUCCGCUCGUUAAUUAGCUGGUGGUCAAAACUACAGGCCUCGCCGCUUCAAUCGAAUGCCAUAUUGCCAUGUUCCUUCCUUCUUCCAGAUGACACACUACUGGCUGCCUGCUGGCCUGUUGGGUGGUUGGCCAUGCCCAUGUUAUUCCUAGCUAGGCUCCUAGCUAGCUAUGUGUUCUUCACCAGUGGUCAGUGACUCAGUAUACAUAUAGGAGUAUCUCUGCACAUAAAUACAUAUAUUCUGGAUCGAUCCAUCGUGUCGAUCUGUAUAUAUACAAAAGGUUCCUCGAUCCUUCUUCCUUACUACUCCACCUUAGCUAGCUACUGCUUCCAUCUGUCAGUAUACAGUGUAGUCCGGCCGCUCACAAGCUACCCAGCUAGCUAGCUGUGUGCCGGCCGGCGGUGCUCUCAUCUCUAUCCAUCAUAUUCAUAGGGUAGCCGGUACAGUGGUAGGCUAGCAGGGACGACGAUGAGCGCCGGCACCAGAGCUGAUGAGGUCGUCGUCCAAGUACGGCAGCUCGUCGUCGUAGUGGCUGUCGCCGUGAUGGCGACAUCAUGCUUCUCCUCCUCGGAGGCGCAGCUCCAGGUCGGGUACUACAACGCCACCUGCCCCGCCGCCGAGAGCCUCAUCGAGACCAUCGUCCACGCCGCCGUCCGUAAGGACGCCGGCAACGGCCCCGGCCUCAUCCGCCUCUUCUUCCACGACUGCUUCGUCAGGGGAUGCGACGCGUCGGUGCUGCUAGACGACCCGACGGGCACGCCAGGGAACAGGACGGUGGAGAAGACGUCGCAACCAAACUUCCCCAGCCUCCGUGGGUUCAGCGUCAUCAACCGGGCGAAACGCGUGGUGGAGCGGCGGUGCCCGGGGACAGUCUCGUGCGCCGACAUCGUCGCCUUCGCGGCGCGCGACGCCGCCCGGAUCAUGGGCGGGAUCCGCUUCGCCAUGCCUUCCGGCCGCCUCGACGGGCGCGUCUCCAACGCGUCCGAGGCGACGGCCAACCUUCCGCCGGCGUCGUUCAACCUGACGCAGCUCCUGGCCCGGUUCGCGUCCAAGAACCUCACCGCCGACGACCUCGUCACGCUGUCGGGCGCCCACUCCAUCGGCCGCUCCCACUGCUCCUCCUUCGCCAACACGCGGCUGUACCCGCAGCUGGACGCCACGCUGAACGUCACGCUGGCGGCGAGGCUCAGGGCCAAGUGCCCCGCCGCUCCCGGCGGGAAAGACCGCGUCGUCGACCUCGAUUUCAGGACGCCGCUGCAGCUGGACAACCAGUACUACAGCAACGUGGCGACGCAUGAGGUGGUGUUCGGGUCGGACCAGGCGCUCGGCGACCGGAACGACACGGCGGCGCUCGUCGCGCUGUAUGCUGCCAACCGUAAGAUAUGGUCGCAGAAGUUCGCGGCGGCCAUGGUGAAGAUGGGUAGCAUCGAGGUGCUCACCGGCCCCCCCGGCGAGGUCAGGCUCAAGUGCAACAAGGUCAACUGAUCAGACCGACCGGAUUCAGGUUCAGUUUCAGCAAGCAUGCAGAGGGAAUCGAGCGUCGCGUCAGAGGACUCUCGAUCGAUCAGGAAUUGUGAUGAAUUUUCAAGACAGCUCAAGUCAUCAGUCAGAGGCGCCAUCCAUCCAGUCCAUCCAGUCUGCAUUAUUAUUCAUUCAUUCAUGUGUGUACUUAACUGUACAUGACAUACAUGAUCAUCACUCCCUGCACUUCGCCUUGUACUUAUUUUUAGUAGUUAUCAGUUUAUCACUGUACUUACCAAUUGCAUGCGCGCAUGACUGUAAACUGUAACAUAAGAGGAAAAAAAAGAGAUGGUACAGUUACAUUAUUGGGCAUAGUACAAGCUAAGGCCUAAUAAGGAUGAUGUUCAGAAGUGUUGUUGAAUAUACAAUUCAUGGGCAUGUGGAUGCAUGUAUCUCAGUAUCUGUCGGUUAAGCUAAUAUAUUAGCAUUCACAAUUAA